GUACAUGCGGAUAGUGAACUUGACAUUUACCCUGGCAACCCCCCCCCCCAUUCCUAGUGUGCAGUUUCACCUUUCGCCAAAUUUUCGUCUUCUUGAUGAUUUAUCUUUCGUAUUUCGCUUUUUCAGACCCCUAUGUACAACAUAUUUACAUCAUCCAUUUUGGGCAGGUCCAACAAUAGUUACAACUUGAUUUUGAUUUUUCUUUAAUAAACUAAGAAAUUUUCCAAGUAGAAUUUUUGUGUCAGUCCGAACAGUUUUGUUUAAUGUUAAGUAUAUUACUGGUGGGAAUCCUAUAAAAAAAUUAAAAAUAUUUAAAUU